CUCAAGUCUCAAGUCUAAACCUCACUUUGGCCUUUUCUUCCAGUUGGAAGGAAAAGCUCUCCUUUUCAACAAAUUUUAACACUUCUCUUCUCUCUCUCUCUCUCUCUCUCUCUCUCUCAGCUCAGAGUUCACACUACACCACCGUCACUCUUCAUUUCUACAGAUCCACCACCCUGUUCCUCUCUCUAGCUCUUGCUCCCUCCAAACAUGUCUCGUUUCUCAAUUCUCACGUUUCUCCUGCUACUCUUUCUGAGCACAGAAGCUUCCGUUCACGACUACAGAGGCGAACAUUUCGCCGCCAAGGGCAACGCGUUUGUCAUACAUGGAGGCAGCGAAGGAAUCUACUCAACUACUCCCAAUUCCAACGAAACUUCACCUUCUGCUUCAAAUGGCGACUCUUACAUUCGGUUUGAUAGAGUCACAUUCCGUAGAACGAAGGAAUUCUCAAACUUUAGCUCGUGGCCUAUUCAAGCUGUUGUUUUUGAGGUUGAAGAUAGAGAGACAAUUGGUGGUUCAGCGUAUGGGGGUCAAAGGGCUGUCUGUUGCACCGGUGAUCUAGCAAAACUCGGUGUGUGUGCUGAGGGGCAGGUAAUUUACCGCCCUUCUCAGGUGAAUUCUGAUUGGCCUAAAGUUUUUGGUGUCCCUUUUGAAACGGAUGAUGAAGUAGCAGUGCUGCCGACGAAAUCAAUACAAAUCACGAAAACUGGGAUGUAUAAUUUGUAUUUCAUCCAUUGUGACACAAGGCUUAAAGAUUUGGCUGUAGAAGGGAAAACUGUAUGGAAAAAUCCCUCUGGCUAUCUUCCUGGUAGAAUGGCACCUAUGAAAAUUUUCUACCAGUUCAUGUCUUUUGCAUUUGUGUUGCUUGGGCUCUUUUGGUUCUAUCAAUAUGUUAGAUUUUGGAAGGAAGUAUUUCCACUGCAGAACUGCAUUACCCUAGUGAUAACCCUUGGCAUGUUUGAGAUGACUCUGUGGUACUUUGACUAUGCUGAAUUCAGUGAGACUGGAAUCAGGCCAACUGGGAUAACCAUAUGGGCUGUCACCUUUGGUACCGUUAAGCGAACCGUGGCACGUUUGAUCAUUUUAAUAGUAGCAAUGGGCUACGGUGUUGUGAGACCUACCCUUGGCGGCCUUACAUCAAAGGUUAUUAUGCUUGGAGGAACCUUCUUUGUCGCAUCUGAAGUUCUUGAGUUGGUGGAACAUGUCGGUGCCAUAAGUGAUCUUUCUGGAAAGGCAAAGCUUUUUUUGGUUCUUCCCUCUGCUGUAUUGGAUGUGUUCUUCAUUCUUUGGAUUUUCACCUCACUCUCUGCAACUUUAACUAAGCUUCAGGCAAGAAGGAUGAUGAUAAAAUUGGACAUGUAUAGGAAGUUCACUAAUGCUUUGGCAGUUGCUGUGAUCGUAUCUGUCGGCUGGAUAUGUUAUGAGCUUCAUUUCAAAUCAAAUGAUGUAUACAAUGAGAGAUGGCAGAAUGCAUGGAUCAUCCCAGCCUUUUGGCAAGUUCUGUCUUACUCUCUCCUGUGUGUUAUCUGUGCUCUUUGGGCACCAUCUCAAAAUUCAACAAGAUAUGCGUACCGUGGUGAUGAUGGAAGCGAUGAAUUUGAUAGGGAUGAAACUACUUUGACGCUCAUUAAACCGGCAUCUAUUUCUGCAAAGGAUGUUCGAAUUGUGCCAGAUGCUAGACCAGUGCAAGGUGGCAAUGGAGUUUCAAAUGAUGAUUUAGAAGAAGACAAGAGAGAAUAAGCUAGAGAAUGUAGCUCACAUUUUAUAAUUUCAUUGCAUCCAUCCUGAAAAUUAGCUGACUCUUUUCCUUUUAUUCUUUUAUUUACUUUACUAGUCUUCUUUGUUUUCAUUUGUUGCAUAUUUAGCUAGCUGUUCCUUACAAUAUUGGAUUACAUGAUAGAGUUUUUCGUGUUCCUGUGAUUGGUAUGCAUAAGAGUAUGAUUCUGUUACCUCUUACAAAGGAAAUUCUCUUCAAUUAUGAGAUAUUUAAUGUA